UAUUGUGUAAUGUGCUAUGUUCUUGGAGUUGGCGAUCGACAUUUGGACAAUCUUCUUCUUUGUGAAAAUGGUCGCUUGUUCCAUGUAGAUUUUGGAUUUAUACUUGGACGUGAUCCUAAACCUCUGCCACCUCCGAUGAAGCUCACUAGUGAGAUGCUCCAAGCGAUGGGUGGAAUCAAAAGUGAUCACUUCCGCCAUUUCUGUAUGCAUUGUGAUUCUGCUUAUCGUAUUCUGCGAAGACAUGCAAAUGUAAUACUUAACCUGUUCUCGCUAAUGCUUGAUGCUGGAAUUCACAACAUUUCCGAAGAACGGGACAAAGCUGUUUUCAAGGCAUUUUUCAAUUUUUAA